AUGAUCGUCCCGCCGCAGCGACCACCGUUGUUGACGCUGAUCAACCCCAACAGCUCGCUGACCAAUCUCGCCCACAUGGGGGCGACCAAGGUCCACAAGCCGUUCCCUCAUCGGCAAGGGUUUGCCCACACGCCGUUCCCGCUCACGCCGCCGAGACUGGCAGAACUGCUGCCUGACAGCAUGGCCCAAGCGGCUAGAGUGGCUCGAGCCCCGCCCAAAGCGCUGUGGCUUCCCCCGAUCAACUGGCGCAUCGUGUGUCUCUGUUCCGGGUGGUACUUCACUCUGAUCAUCCUGAGCAACAGCACCAAGCUGAUUUUGACCCAGUUCCCCUAUCCCGUCACGUUAACAGAGGCCCAGUUUGUGUUUAACUGCGUUUAUUGCCUUGUGUUCGUGGCAGUGUUGGGAGCCGUGCCUCACUUGCGCGGCCAUUUCCCGUUGGGGACGUUCCCAAAAGAGACUCCUAAGGUAUACAAAUUUGUCCAGCCGACUCGCCUUGUAUUAUUGACGACAUUACCCAUGGGGUGCUUCCAGUUUGUCGGCCAUUUGACCCUGCACAAAGCCACGUCGUUAGUGCCGGUAUCGCUUGUCCACACCGUCAAAGCGUUGCUGCCAUUAGCCACGGUGGUCGCUUACCGCGUGAUUUUCCAACGGGAAUACCCUCGAGUCACUUACGUUACUCUUACUCCUUUGGUCUUGGGGAUCAUGAUCACGUGCUAUAAGCCCAAAGCCGGCACCAACGACGCCCCCGGCUACGUCACCGGCCUCAUCUACGCGUUCACGCUGAUGCUCAUCUUUGUCCUGCAGAAUAUCUUCUCCAAAAAACGCUUAACCGUCGAUCAAUCGACAACAUUGCCGCAGCUGCUGAAGACGAGAGGCGACGGCAAAGUCGACAAGUUGACGAUCCUUUUCUUCUGCCUGGCCAUCGGCUUCUGCUUCACGUUACCGAUAUACCUCAUGGUGGAGUGGCGGCUGGCGACGUGGUCGUUGGGGUACCUUACCCCCUAUGUAUUCUUCCUCAUGGUGGUCAACGGGUUCUCCCACUUUGUCCAGCUGUUUCUUGCAUUCCAGAUCUUGGGGCUCAUGCUGCCCAUCAACUACUCCAUUGCCAACAUCAUGAAGCGGAUCAUCAUCAUCCUCGUGGCGUUUGUGUGGGAGCUGAAACACUUCCACCGCCACCAGGUGCUCGGGUUGGUGCUCACCUCGUUGGGCCUCUACAGCUAUGACCGCUGGGGGGUCGUCAAAAAGUAG